AUGGCUUCUGAUCAGCACCCCAGUGGACCUGAACGUCAACAGGUUAUGAUUGCCCAAUCUACGGAUGCUGCUUCGCAUCGGGCUGAACAGCAACAAGCCAGGCUGGAAGGGGAAGUGAAUGGCCCCGACUAUGCGAGGCCUCAGCUGCCUAAUGGGGUGGGGAGGUCUACGAGGGCGUCAAAUUCACCGGCGGGGAUAGAGUCUCUGCCUUAUUCCCCAACCGUCCUCCACGGCAACAGGGAAGCAACGGCCUUUUUGACAGAGGCCUGGCCAGCCCAACCGCAGACCGAUGGGUCAGGUCCGGGCGCAACACGCAAUAUGGGCGAGGUGCCGGCAGCGCUACGAUGGAUGCACCGUCUGGGUGAGUUCUUCAAGCAGCAUACUGCAAUGGAGACGCUUACUACGAUGACGAGACAGCAGUUUGUGGCCCCGUCUGGCGCUAGCUCUGGGUUCAUGAUGCAGCAUCAAGUUCAACACUCGUCACCUACUACCCCGCACAACGAGUCUACGGAUGAGCAGUCGUCAGACUCGAUUCCUCGUGAGCUGGUCGAGUCAGAGGUUCGUCGUCAGGUUCAGGAAGCUCUUCGUGUGCAGCAGCAAGGCUUGGAGGAGCUGAAGGAAGAGAACAGACGCCUGCGGCAGCAGGUCAAUCCGCCUUCAGGUCUCCCAGAGCGCGCUCCUCAGCUGUUAAGUCACGGAGUACUUGAAGAUGAUCGGGCCUAUUCCAUCAUGGAGUACUUGGAGGUGAUCGGGCUUAUUCCACUCAAGGUGUACCUAGGGAUGCUCGGGCUUCGCUUACAAUUCCUGGAGUACUUGAGGGUGAUCGGGCUUAUUCCAACCAAGGUGUACCUGCAGAUGCUCGGGCUUCGCUUACAAGUCAUGGAGUACUUGGAGGUGAUCGGGCUUAUUCCAACCAAAGUGUACCUGCAGAUGCUCGGGCUCCUCUUGCAAGUCACGGAGUACUUGGAGGUGAUCGGGCUUAUUCCAGUCAAGGCAUACCUGAUGAUGGUCGGGCUCCUCUUACAAGUCGUGGAGUACUUGGAGGUGAUCGGGCUUAUGCGGCAGCUAUGCAACAAGGAGAGGGUCGCACGAUCAGUGCCUCUAUGCCUGAUGAUGGUCGGGCUCCUCUUACAAGUCGUGGAGUACUUGGAGGUGAUCGGGUCCCCUUUAGCUUUGAGGAGAAGCCGUAUAGUGGUCCCGCAGUGUUUGAGCAGUAUGUCCCGGGUGGUCCGCGUCCUGAGUUGCCAGGUGAUCCCGGUGGAGUGCGUGUACUUCCAGGAACCGAAGGAGGUCCCCAAGGCCGUGGCGCGGAGGGUCGACGCGCAUGGCUGGAUCGAGCUUCAAGGAGUGCCAGUCCGGAGCUACGGGGCCGUGGAGCUUCGUCGAGCCCGGGUCGUCAAGGGCGCAACGGUCCAAUGGCAGCUAAUUGAUGGUGAUCUGUAUGGAAUGGGACCAUCGGAGGAGGCUUACCGAGCUAAGCCACUUGAGGCCGAAGGCACCUUCGGCGACUAUGUUGGGGACUAUCCUCCUGGGUUGGGUGGUGCCACUCAGGAACCCAAGAAUGCUGAGGCCCCACCACAUCCACUUCAACCUCCGCAGGGAACUCAAGGUGGAACCGCCCAAGAUGAGGCUGCGGCUAAGCAAAGUGCUCCAAGCCCUCUCGACGUGUUGAUCACAGGCAUGUCUCAGCUGCAGCAGGUGCUGUUGAAGCAGAGGGGCGGGGACACAAUGGACUUGGAGGCCAAGGCCGUGGUGGAGCUGUCAAAGCUUCCGGAGUACACACCAGAGUCUGGGGCAACGGAUUUCCAGGACUACCUGUACUUGACGGAGCAGCAGGUGGGCAGCUUGGCCUCUGGGGCAACAGAUUGGUGGCAGCGAACUCUACAAGUAGCUCAGCGGGCUUACGGAGAGUACCAGUCGUUGUCGCCAAUGAAAAGGUUGAGCGUGAAGGCCGUUCUUCCAGACGACCUCAGGGAGGAGAAGUACAAGAAAUUGGAGCGGAAAGUGGCUUCGCUUCUCCUCAACUCACUCCCCAAGGGUGUCCGAGAUGAGUUGGUGGCCCAUCGAGACAGGGCACAGCUGCUGAGACAGCUGGAUGUCAGCGAAUCCAGUCCGGGACCAGCGGAGGCGGUGUUGGCCAUUCGAAAGUGGUAUCGCUUACUCCAGAGAGCCGCGGACCUCAACAUAGCGUUGCCAGAUGAGUCAUUGCAGGUGAGGUCGUUGUCCAACAUUGUGCGGCGCACCGCGGAGGCACAUAGCGACUUCAAGUUCAGGGUGGCCUUGGCUAAGACGGAGCUGCAGAUAGACUCGAGGAAUCAAGAAGUCUUCGGCGCCUACGGCUUCCUCGGGUGGUGCUUCGACGACUCCGGCGACUACUACAACUACGACUCCUCCGUCGCUGAAGGGAUGCCGGAAUGGGAAGCAGUGCAGCUUUGUUCAUUCGUGGACUGGCUUGAACAGAGGCCCGCGCCUCCGCCUCCAUCGAAGGGCUCCGGAACAACAUCUACUACCUCGGCGGCGGUCCCGCCCAUUGCGCCAUCCCUUGCGAAGGCUACUUCUGCGACUUCUACAACGGUGCCUGCGCCGGCCCAGUCUGAGGCCACUGGCUCUGGAAGCAAUGGCAACAAAAUCGAUGCCACGAAGAUGUCCGAGAUUUUAUCGGAAACCAACCAAAUGUUGAAGGCUUUGGCAGCUCAGUCAAGCGGUUCGGCACCGGCGCCUGUGGACCCGCUUGUUCUCAUCCAACAACAGCUGGAUGAGGUGCGACGCCUGAAGACUUUGAGAGUUCAGGAGCCGGGCCAAGGAGUGUGUUCGUUCAGCAGUGCGGUGUCCUGGUAUGAAGCCAGGCUCAAUGCUACUUCGUUGUGUUCCGAGACGGCGGCACCCCCUGAGGAGGAGGCGGAAGCUUUGUUGGACAGUGGAGCCAGCCAUCCAUACAGACCUCCGCGAUCUCAGGAGGAGCUGAGCCAGGCCCGACGUGUGAACGUAUCCCUAGCCACAGGGGACGGGGCUUUGUUGCCUCAGACGUCUGAGGGGACUCUGCUUGCUGAAGGGGGCGACAACACCCCGAUCAUUCCAAUGGGACAACUGGUCCAGCUGUUGGGGUGUCAGAUAAAGUGGACGCAGUCCAGGCUCACUGUACAUCACCCUGUACAUGGACGCUUGCAGGUGCGACUGCGAGGCAACUGUCCGGUGUUGCCGGUGAGUCAAGCCUUGACCCUCAUUGCGGAGAUGGAGCAGGCCAGGGUGAAGGAGUUUCAGCGCACCGUUGAUGGACUUCAAGCUCAAGUUCGGGUGUUGAGGGAACAAGGAAGAGAGGAAUGGACCUGGCAGCGCCAUCUCCGUGCUUUCUGUGAGGAGGGCAAAAGAACUUCCAUGGCUGGGUUCCUGCAUCGUUGCCCUACCUUUGCCAGUGUGCCCGCAGAAGCACUGUUGGGGAUUCCAGAGGAUGUUCCGUGCGGUCUCCAAGAUGGAUGGAAGCUGUUGAAGGGAAUGCCGUGGUCAAGGGCGAAGCGCAAGGCUAUGUUCGCUAGCACGUCCUGGACGGUUCAUCUGUUCUCUGGAAAUGAGAGGGCAAUGGCAGCCAAGCGUACCUCGACUAUGAGAUCGUCGUUCUGGAGCGUGGCCUUGGAAGGCGACGAGGUGAUGGUCAAUGUCGACGUUACGGACAGUCGAGCCUUGGAUCUCACUCGGCGUGAUGGUGUUUUCAAGUUGCUGUGUUGGGCGGCCUUAUCGGGUCGCCUUAAAGCGAUUGUUGGAGGCCCGCCGAGACAAAGCUUCCCGACUCCCGUGCGCCCGGAUGAAGGCCACCCGCAGUACCAGAAGGAGACUCAGCUGAUCACCAGAAUGAUGAUGUUGUGGUAUGUAGCUGAAGAGGGACGGUGCAAGGCCUGGAGACAGGGACUGUUGCGAAGAUCUGUGGUGAAGCCCCAUGUCGGUUUCCUGUUGGAGCAUCCUGAUGGGGGUGGCCGUGAUGAUCGUCUGCCCCUCUUUGCUUCUCCCUUGUGGCGGGCUUUCUCUAUGGAUGCCUUGAUGGGAGAGGUGGAGUGUGUGAUGAACAGUGCACCCACUGUGUUGGGAGGCAACCUGGAUCUGUGGCAUCUUCAAGGUGCGGAGAUGGGAGCGAAGGCGCAAGGAGAGCCUAUUGUCUUCUUUGAUGAAGGGGCCAUGGAGAUCCAAGACUAUGUCGUUUUGAUGUGGAUGAGUGGCCACAAGUACCUCUUGGUUGCUUGCUACAGGUUUCCAAAGCUUCCUGGCACCAAGGUUGAUGAUGAGAAGACCGAGAAGGUGGAUCAUGGCCAUCCGGUUGCGGGACCAGCUCCUGGUGAAGAUUGGCUAUUUGAAGAUGGCGAUCCUCAGGGAGAUCUACCCCAUCCUGAGGGAGGAGAACCGAGUGAUCCCCCGGUCCCAGGGAGUGAUGAGGUGUCGAAGGACAAAGAGGAUGCAGAGGUCGAAGCGUUGAAGAAGUUGGCGGAGCCCCUGGAGUUUUCUUCCGUCUACAUCGUGAGGCCUAUGAAGGCUCGGAAGAACGCGGAUACGUUGAAGGCCGUGCAAGAGGCAUACAUCCAACUUCGCUCCUGUGGGUUGCCCGUAAACAAACUUCAUGCAGACCGUGCCCGGGAAUACACCACUAAGGCUUUGGAGCAGUGGGCCGCCAGCAGGGACAUUGACCUUUCGACCACCCAGGGAGAUGAUCCUUCUCAAAAUGGGACCGCGGAGCGAGCUGUUCGCUUUCUCAAAAUGCGAAUGCGCAUCUUGUUACAGCAGGCCAAGGAGCUGAGCGGUUUGUCCACAGAGUUGGUAGCUUCGUUGUGGCCCUAUGCUGCUGAGACGGCGUCGGCCCAGCAACAAGCUGAAGUGUGGGGCCAACCUUCUCCGUCGGUCGCUCGCUUUGGGUCGAAGGUCUUUACCAGACGGAAGGGUUAUGGCCAAGGAGGCCGAACAGACCUCUUGCCGAAAUGGGUAGAAGGAGUAUAUCUUGGUCCCGUGAGGUCAGUUCCUGGAGGGCACCUGGUCCUGACGGAUGAAGGGAACUUGUGGUUCACCACCAAUGUUCGGCAGUUCAAGGACCCACCUACAGCAGAAGGAGGUUCAGACGCAGAUGUUGAGCUUCCUCUUCACCCUCCACUUCGGCGAGUGCGCAGGAAGAGCUCCAUUGUUGAUUUAGCUGGUGGGGUAGGCCUUCUUCCGGCACUCGGCAAGGAUGUUAUCGCCACCAGUGACGAAGGGCCUGGGUUGAAGGCCCUGGCAAGGCUGGACAAGGAUGAAGUGGAGCCCUCGUCGGACGAUGUGGUUUCAGAGGGGUUGUCUGUGGGCCACGAGGAAGGGCUUGAAAGUUCGGCCUCUAAGGGAUCUAGUCGUCGAGAUGAUGGUCCUCUCGCUGAGCAGUAUCUACGUGAAGGUCGGUUUUCAAUGAGCGAUUGUUUGGCUGUGCUGGAGAGCGAGCGGUUCCGGAAGACGAAAAAACAACGGGCAGCUGCGUGGCAAGCCAACGACCCCCCUUCCAUUCAUACUACUUUGGGGGCUUAUCAGCGCGGACCCUGGACCGGAGUUACCACGGCAACUACACGCCAUGAGGCCUUGGCCGCCUACUUGACUGCGAUGCUGAAGCAUCAUGAAGGGAAGGAUGUAGUGUUUUCAUCCUUCACGAUUGCCAAGGACCUCAACACGGAUGCUCACAAGGACCGGUUCAAUAUGCGGGGCUCGCGUAACUAUGUCCUCACCCUUGGGAACUUCAAGAAUGGAGGGAUUUGGCAAGAAGGGGUCAAUGACGGCUAUCCUGCGGUCUCCAUGGAGUUGGGUUCUGGCGAGCACAGGAUGGGCUAUGUGGAGCCUGUGCACAACAAGAUUGUUCAGGUUGACCCCAAGAAGUUGCACAAGACGAUGCCCUGGUCGGGUGGGCCAAAGUGGACCGUUAUUGCUCACACCAUUGGUCAAUGCAAAAGGCUAGAUGAUGAAGCCCGGCAAGGACUUGAACGCUUAGGGUUUGUCCUUCCUCCUCGAGUUUCAGAAUGUGAACUGAAGGUCAUUCAAUGCGAGGAGGUUUCUGGCCCGUUAGCGGUUGCAAAUGGGCCAUGCUGGUUUCCUCCUCCGGAAGAUGUUGAAGGUGAAAUGUGGACCCGGAUGUGGUCUAGACGGGUGAUCGAUGAGGAGGAGCUGCUAGCUUCAGUGUGCCCCAAGUCACUGGCCGAAGAGUUUGCAGGUGUUGCGGAAGCACUGGAUGAGGCCGGCCAAUCUCUUGAGGCUCGGGAGUCCGUGAGUCGGCCUGACCGACCAGGGGUGGAGCGGUGGAUGUCGUUAUGCCGAAUGACCGAGGGAACAGAUGAAGUGCAUGGAGUUGAACCUUUGCUGGAAACGUUGUCUGGGCCCUUGAAGGUUGUCUAUACUGUCGCCUUGGAUGAGGUCAAACAGUUCAUUCCAAGGUGGGCGGCAUCCAUUAUCAAGGAGGCCGAUGCAUUGAUUAAGGCAAAGGCUUUGGUUCCCUUGACGCUUGAGGAACAGAGGGCCCUGGAACGAUCUGGGAAGCUGGUUAUCCUUCCGGCAAAGGGCGUCUUCACGGUGAAACCCCCGACGGAGAAGGACCAGCCCUCGAUACUGAUCAUCCUCUACCUCCUGGGGAUCCUUCCUUCUACAAGCGCAAGGCAAGACUGGUUAUUUGUGGAAAUUUCCAGGGCAAGCAGUCUAUGGAAGAGUCCUAUGCAGGUGGCUGUCAGACGGAUAGCCUGCGAGUGA